AUGGCCAAUCACAGGGCAGGGUUUCGAAAACGCAAGGGGGCGUGCCGUUUCCGGAGGCUUUCCCGGCAGCUCCCACGUAAAGGAGCGUGGGAAUCUACCAGUGCCUCCGGCUCUAGGUCUGGAGAGUCAGUGGGGCGUCGGCCUCUGCUCCUUCUCUCCGGAUCUGUCCCGAAGUCAGUGUGUCGACUUGAGGAAGGCAUUCCCCUCCCCCACCCCCACCCCGAGAUGGAGUCCACGCUCCCGACAACCGGGGCCCAGGGACCGAUGCUGUUUGAGGAUCUGGCUGUGUUUUUUUCUCAAGAGGAGUGUGUGUGUCUGCACUCUGUCCAGAGGUCCCUCAGCAGAGACACUACACAGGAGUGUUUCGAGGAGAUGGCCUUGAUGGGAGGGAAAGGCAAGACUGAGAUUACUCAGCAGUUAAAUCUAGACUCUAUGGGAGUUGAGGAACUGGCCCCAGAAAACUCCUCCAUUGCUGUGCCCCUUGUCUAUUACCCAGAAAAAUCUUCUGAGACUGGAGGUGGAGACCCUGAAAGGAAAGUAUCAGGUGGAACUCCUGCUUGCAAGAAAAGGUUCAAAAGCCUGUUAGUUACCAUCAAAAACCAUGCUCCAUUAAUAGACCCACCUCAGUGUCUAGAAACUACAGCACUUUCUGAAAUUCUUGAAUUUUCUGGGGAAGAAGCCAAAAAUUUGUGUAAGUGUCCUGAAUGUGACCAAAGGUUCAGUGAUAAUUCAUACCUUGUUUUGCAUCAGAGAACUCAUUCAGGAGAGAAGAAGUAUAAACGUGGUGACUGUGGGAAGAUUUUCAAUCACAGAGCUGACCUGAGGACACACAGGAGAAGCCACGCUGGCGAGAAGCCUUAUAAGUGUGCUGAGUGCGGCAGCAGCUUCCGCCAGCACUCACAUCUGUCUCGGCACAUGAAUAGCCACAUAAAGGAGACGCCCCACACAUGUGGCAUCUGUGGGAGAGGUUCUUUGUGGCCCCCAGGGUUGGCACAGCAUCAGAAAACCCACGCUGCCAAAAAAGCCUAUGAAUGUACCGACUGUUGUAAAGGUUUCGGUCAGAAGACAAAUCUUGCUUCGUGUGAGGAAACGCACACGUCAGCCACCCGGUACCCGUGCACUCAGUGUGUGAAGUGCUUUGGACAGCCCUCACACUCUGUCCUCCCCGAGCAGGGCCACGAGGACGACUGUGAGGACGACGCUGAACACUGCGGUGACUGCAGAGAAAAUUUGCUUUUGUUCUCAAAAUUCAAACCCUUAAAAUGUCCCGAGUGCGCAGUGACCUUCCUCCGUGUCUCUGAGCUUAUUUCCCAUCAGAGCAUUCACAGAGGGGAAAAGCCCCAUAAAUGUAAAACAUGUACAAAGAGCUCUAUUUUGGACUCAGAGCUCGCAUGCCACCAGAAGAGCCACACAGGAGAGGAGCCUUUUAAACGUACCACGUGUGGGAAAAAGUUUCAGGUUGAAUAGACAUCUCGUUAUUCAUCAGCAAACCCAUAAGAAAACCACCAUGUAAAUAUAGCCAGUUUGCAUUCCUACUCUGCUUUUCCGUAUCUGUACUGAAAACCAGGGAGGAUUUGUCCUUUAUAUGCCAGACGCGUGACACGCAUUCCGUGCCCUGCACCCCAACCUUGCUUUGGGCACUGUGAUUUCUACUUUAUAACCGAGGAAGCAUAAUCAUUGUCACAGCCAGUGAAUGAAGCCAGGAUUCAGUAACUCACUCACUGUUCAGAUACCAUUUGGAUGAGCCAGAUAAUGAUACAGAACUUUUUUUUAAUUCAGUUUUCAUUAAACUGAAAGUUUUGCUGGAGUUGUUUUAAUUUUGUUACAUGGUUUGUAAGUUCACUUCUGGAAGGAGAAGAAUUUUGUUUUAUUUUUUUGCCAGUUCUGCAGAUCUCGUGUCUAGGAAAGUAAUGCAUCUCUGUGUUACGCUUUUUUUGACUAUAACUCUCUGAAUGUAACAUUUGUUCUGAGAGCUGAUAUUUCACGUGCUAGUUUCUGAAGUGGUUUGGAAGCUUGUAUUUCUGGUGUGGAAAGUUCCCAAAUAGGUGGACAGGUUGGUGUUAUGAUGCCGAUUAGUAUCUUUGGAGUUCCCAUUCUGAGAUCUGAUGCCACUGGCCUUUCUGACUCAUUUGCAAGGAGUUUUGACAGUCUGACUGUAGCCCUUUCUGGUGCCUGGCCUUGAGUGAGAGUUACUUGCUUCUCUCUGAAAGGAUUUACCUCUAAGUCUCUACCAAAGCACAUUACCUGCCUUUCUAUGAGUAAUAGUAACUGGUGUUUAGUGAACCUGGUAUAUGAUCUAAUUUAAUCUUCAGGAUAAAUCUGACAGAGAAAGGGUUAUCCUUGUUUCAUAAAUGAGGAAACUGAAGCCCACAGAGGGUAAAGUCAAAGUCAGUACGUUGCCCAAGACGAAAAUAGCAAUGUACUGAAGCCGGCACUUAACCUUGGGUCCCUCUGACGGUAAAGGUUGUGCAUUCUUCAGUAUUGUUGUGUGUUGGCUUUGUGUUGGGGCCGCAAGCCACCGGGGAGGCUGAGCUGGGUGGAUGAGAGCGGUCAUCAUGGAGGCUACCCUGUGCACAUGCAUCCUAGAACCCCUCCACUGCCCUGUGCUUUAUCCCAAGCCUGACUUACAUGUAUGGUUAUAAAGCAAAAGAAAGAUUCCCCAAGACUUCCGGUUCAAAUUCCCAUCCCUGUGAUCAGAUCAGAGACUGCAGACUCUACAGAGUACAGUCCUUAUGGUUUUAGUUGGGUUUUGGUUUAAAAAACAAAAUGUCCUCUUCAUCUCCAAAGAAAAAUACGUACAGAGAACGCUUAAGAGUUUCACCAAACUACCUGACACCACGUAAGUCUUUAGAUACUGCCGUUAACAUAUAAAUAUUGGAGCAAGAUAUUCUUAAAUGGGUUGGUCAUUCAUGUUCAAGAAUCAGGGAAUCUUGUAAAGAUACAUUCAUACACGAUUUCGCUUUAAAGAAAAACUGUGUACCUAUCAGCAAAGCUGUUUUUAAAUGGCCUUUUGAUCAGGAUGUGAGAAUGGCCUUACUCUACUUAAACACUAUAGAAGUAUGGCAUUGACUAAAAUGGGGUUGUCACUGGGAAACCGCGUGAGCAAUAGUACGCCUCUUUAGGCAAGUAGUACUUGGAAGAUGUGGUUUUUCUACAGGACAGCAGGUUGAGAACUGAAUAUACAAAAUGAUGGAGGCUGCUGCUCUAAGCUCUUAACACUGUGCAGAGGCAAGAAAGUAUUCCUGGGGAGUAAGGGAAAUGGAGACCCCAACCCAGCUCACUCCUAACUCCCUUUUUGUCGGUCUUGUUUCUUGUUUGCAGCUCCACAGUUGAGACCCUGUGAUCUGAAUGUCAGGGUCACGUUUGACUCUCUGUUUUGGAUGUCUCCACUCAAUACGAGACACCAGUCCGCUGGGGCUUUCGGAUCUUAAAUUAAAAAGUGAAGUUAUCUGCAGGUUUUUCUUCAGCAAGUCUCUGGGGAGCUUAGAAUUGUGUCGAAAGAUGGACUCUAGUUGGAUUCCUUAUCAGCCAACUUUGGGAUGUACUUUGCUAAACACCAGAAAGUAAUAUCUGCCAGCUCCCCUGCUUCUGCCUUUAGUGGGAGCAUUAUCACGUAUUAGGGGCUCUCCUGUUUCAGCCGAAUGAACAGGGUUGCGGGGUGGGGAGUGAAACUGGGAAAGGAGCCCCUGCUUGCAGAGUUGCUGCAGAAAGAAGUAGGGAAGGCUAUCUUAGAAGGCGCUUGUGCAGAAUGGGGCUGACAUAAGACAUGGAAGCUGUCGUCCUUUCCUUUGCUCCUAAGACAGUAUGGGGGAGGGUGAGCCUUUAUGCUGUAAGUGCUGUUCUGCGCCUCACUGUGGCAAGUCACCUUUCCAGAUGAGGCUUCCUUCACAAUUAAUUUCAGGUUUUACAUUUUUGUUUAUUCUCUAGACUUUGUAAGAUUAUGUCAAGCCUCCAUAAUUGAUAAGAAAAAUAGCAUUUUUAUAAAGACAUUAACAUACACAGAAGUGUAAUUAAAAUGCCUUUGUGGUGUAGUAACCAUUGCUAACGACCAGUAUGUAGAAAAAAAAAAAGAAAAGAAAAGAAAAACCAGUUUGAGUGUCAGUUACUGUGAAAGAGGCAUAUUUUCAAUUGUUGCCUUAUUGUGCAUUUGCACGUAAACACACUUGCUGGAUGUAAUUCAAGCUGCUCUGAGCCCAAGGAGUUGGAAGAAAGGGUGAGUUCACCAAUGAAAUCCAUGCUGUUUUUACGAUGAUGGCUUUUUUACCCUUCUGUUUACAGUGUCAACUGAUGGAGAUAGAUUUCGCAGUUUGUCAUUAAGUCAGAGAUAUUGGCCAACUAUGUUAGUAUUAACAAAUACCGGAUAAAAUAAUAUAUGCAGGAGUUUAUCGUUAGGAGUGGUUGGUUCACUACCUUUUGCGGCAUGGAUGUUGACAUACUAUGCAGGGUGAGCACUUUGUACGAAGAAAUUGACUUUUGAACAAAUUUGAUUUCUGUUGAUGGAUUAAAAAAAUGUCUAUCAAACAUGUCUUUAAUGUGAUCGCCUGAAUAUCAUGGCACAUUAACAACCAUCAUUGCUACAGACACCAUUAUUCCAGUAGAAUUCAUAUGUCCAGUUUAUAUUUUAUAACUAAAGAAAUGGUGGAAUUUAGUUGUUAAUCCCAAAGGAGUUGGACUCAGAAUAGUUCUGUUUAGAGCUUCGUUACAGUAGUUGAUAGGCUAUUCACAUCUCCCCAUUUAACACAGAAAAUGACUAACCCAGUAUAAAGGGAGUUACAACUAAAAACAAGUUACAUUUCACAGUAAAUGGUGUUUUGAGUCUUUGACUUCUGAGAUUCCAUGUAAUUACGUGGCAUUGUUCUGAUGACUGCAGCGUGUUAUACGGUCUAAUACCCCAGAUUUUGCUUAAUCUGCCAGUACUGCACAUGUGUACAAAGUAGAUUAUAGUUUAUCUAAAUAGUCUAUUUUGAAUUGUUCAUUAAGCUUGUUGUCUUUAUAGGAUUUCAGUAGUAAAGUGUUUUUGCUUUGGCCAUCUGUUUAAAAAGUAAAAGUAACUAAAUGGUCUUAUUUGAAGUAUGCCUACUCAUCUGUUUUCGUUUUGUAGACUGAGAGAACUAAUAUCAGGAUGAUCACUACCCAUCUUUUCACCGCCCAUCUGACUACAGGUUUUUUGUCUUUUAGUUUUCAACAUCCCUCCUUCAUGAACACUCUCGGGGGUGGGGGUGGGGGGAGUGGGGGGGUGGAGGUACUAUAACAUAUAUGUACAUUUGUAUAACCCUGAGAAAAUGCUGCAAUCUCUAGUUCCUCUGAAUACCUCAGAAGUAUGUUUGUUGUAUGCACUUGUACUGUCUAAUGUUUUGAUUUUACAGAUUUUGGUAUAUUCUCAUCACUCUUAGCUCCAGAAUGCACGCUGUCACUAGGCUGUGAUUGUCUAUCUGACACGCGAUUUGGCAUCUAAUAAAUGCUGUUCUUGAUGAUGCAA